AUGUCCAACUCAGACUCUGAACCAUUCCUCACCGAAAUCCCCCCAAUCCCAGAAGGCGAAUUCUGCAUCUACGGCACAGUCCACGCAUACCCCGAGCACGCCGACGCCCUAGAAGCAGUCUACGCCGAGACAACUCGUCUCGCGCAAUUCGAACCCGGCGCGAUAUACUACUGUCUCACGCGGGACAGCGAGCAGCCUCAUAUAUUCUAUUUCUUCGAGCAAUACACGGGCAAACAGGCAUUUGACGAUCAUAAUGCGCAGCCGAUUAUUCAGAAGUUGAUGGAGGAUAAAUUUAUUCGGGGUGUGAAGGCUAAGUUUGGGAAACAGAUUAAGCCGAGGGUGGCUGUUGAGGGGAGUGGAUGA